AUGCCUAGAGCCAAGCAGGAACCCGACAGCUCAGCAAAGUCCAGUGCUGCAGCCAUCCGCAUCCGAGAAAACCAGCGUCGGUCGCGGGCUCGCCGGAAGGAAUACGUCGAGGGCAUGCAGAGGAAGCUGCAGGACUUUGAGACGAAGGGCGUGGCUGCAACGCUCGAGAUGCAGCAGGCGGCUCGUGAGGUGGCCAUUGAGAACUCGCGGCUAAGACUGCUGCUCGCCCACAACGGUGUCACUGUCGACGCCGUGGAGAACUUUUUGUUGUCCUUCAAGGGCCAGGACGCCAAUGAGGCCGAGCACUACGCUGCCAAGAUUGCUACUGCUGAGUCUAUUGCUGCCCUGGGACGCUCGUCGACCGUGGCGACGCUUUUCCCAGAGCAUGCUCAUGUCGACAAGCUGGCUGUUCUGGCCAGUGCCAGCAUGCAGCAGAGCGCCUCUGGCCACGACUCUGACGGCACAAUCACCUCGGACGACUCUACUGGCCCAGUGACACCAAGCUCAAGUAACCUCAACGCACCCUCACCUAGAGAUGUCGACUUUGAUGCUGCGCCGCAGACAAUGUCUUGUGACGCUGCUGCCCACAUCAUUGCCCAGAUGCAAGGUUGUGGGUUUCGAGAACCUUCCAAGGGAACCCUAGAGAACAACGGCCAGAACGAUUACCUUAUCCAAAACUCUGCGUUUCUAAAAAUUCUCGAGGCUGCGUCCAUCUUCAACUAG